UUUUUCCGGAGGAGGGCAGCAGUGUGCCGGAGAUGGGGCUUCCAACUGAGGACAUAUACAUACACACGAAUGAAGAAGUCGAAGAGGAAGCAUCAGGGUUAAAGAAAAGUAAUCCGAUUGAGAAAAGAGUUUGUAUAAACAUAACACUGACGUUACUUUCAAUGUGUAUUAGAAGAGCCGUCCUUAUUUAUUAAAGCAUCACCGGCGCACGACUGGGAUCAGACAUUUAUCAUCCUCUGAACAGCCUCAGAGCAGCUGCUAUGUUGGCCAGGACAGCGCUGAGCAGAGGAGUGACAGCCCUCCGCCUCAGUAAAAAUGUCACUUUCUACAUGAAUCAAUCAGUAUCUCCGGCCUCAGGAUGUGAGUCCCGGCUUUCAGAGGAACAGAAACCCGUGAUGCUGAUGCUGCCCUGGUUGGGUUCUCGUCCACAAGCUCUGGCCAAGUAUUGCGAAAUCUACUUUCGCACCGGCUUUGACGUGCUUGUAGUAGAGAGUGAGGUGCAAGAGUUCCUGUGGCCUCGCUGGGGUUUGGAUCAUGGAAAGAGGUUGCUGGAGUUGCUCCAAACUGAACGCUUUGUCUCCCGUCAACUGCUUGUGCAUGCCUUCUCUAUCGGUGGCUACACAUUUGCUCAGCUGCUGGUACAUGUGUCUGAGGACACGCAGAAAUAUCAGGCGCUCACACAGAGGAUCAAAGGCCAAGUCUACGAUAGCUUGGUAGUGGGUUCUUUGGAGAGAAUGGCUAUAGGCCUCGGCAAGACCGUAUUUCCACGUUGGGAGUCACUGGUCAAACAAGCAAGCCUGUUGUACUUUGGAAUGUUCAAGCGCCAAACAGUGGACUACUUUAACAAAAGCAUUGAUGUUUUUCAUAACAAUCCCCUCACCGCUCCUGCACUGUUCUUCUUUUGCGAGAACGAUCCGUUGAGCGACGCACGAGCUGUGGAGGAGUUGAUUGAUGUAUGGCGGAAGCACGGAAUGGACAUCACAGCAAAGAAGUGGGAGGAUUCAACACACGCAGGUCACCUAAAGAGGCACCAACAAGAGUAUCUGACCACUAUAGACACGUUCUUCCAUUCACUUGGCAUGGCCCCGCUAAAGGCCAAGAUGUAAGAUAAGUAUAUAAGUAGUAACAUUAUAACAUAAUGACAAGUUAGCUCGGCUUUGCUUGUUUGUUUUAACAUAAAACGUUUUGUUAGCCUACAGCAUGUUACUUUAUCAAUGAUAAUUAAGUUUGGGAAAAUCUAUUUAUUGUAUUUAAUUUAUACACUAAUCACAAUACUUGAUACUGAUCUUAUUUAUUCCACAUUACAAUCAGUUUACUGUUGGUUUACUUUACGGAUAUACGGAUAAGCAUUCAUGAAGUUUUGGGACUUAUUUUCCAGUUUGAGCCAGAAAAAAGAGCUUUGUGGCUUUAAUUACAGCAAACACAGUGACACCUGCUGGUUUGCACAAAGUAUAGCAGACUGGUGUCUACACAUGAAUUUCCUUGUGAAGAAAAAGUACACAUACAUGUACUGUAUAUAAACUAGGUUCUACAGAUACUUUAGUUACAUUUACAUUUAGUCAUUAUAGCUGACACUUUUAUUCAAAGUGACGUGCAAAAAGGGAACAAUCAAGGUACAGUGCAAGAAGAACAUGUUAAUGCAUAAAUAUGUAGAACUAAAAUCAAGUGACAAUGCUGUUGUUCAUUUGCAUUUUCCAAUUUGAAGCAAUUUCUAGAGAUCAAUGCAAACAAAGGCAGUGAAAAGACGUGAACACACAUUUGCUCUAGGGAUCAUGAACUAAGGCAAGUUUAUUUAUAUAGCACAUUUCACUGCGAGUGCCUUACAUUAAAGUGCAUACAGCAACAAGUAACAUGAGAGUUAUUUGCCAAUGAAGGUGAACGCAAAUAUGUUUGAGUUGAAAUAUUUUGUUUUGAGUAAAAAUGUAAGUUGUGUGACUGUGAAUGUACAGAAACAUAGACACAUUGACAUUUUAGAAGAUGUAGUUAAUACAAUGAUCUAGCAUCAUCUCCAUUGUGUACACUGUCGUGUUUUGUUGUGCCAAAAAUUGUGCCUCAUGUAAAGAAACUUAGUACUGUUUGUGGUGUUUGUGUUUUGCAGUGGCCUUAAAUCUGAACUGUAAUGUGAAGUUAGUGAAUUGUUAGUUUUAAUAAGAUAUUAAAGUUGUACAGUUACGUACACACAAUGAACACACAGGAAUGCAACCAUGUUACUUGAGAAACCAACCAGCGUUUAUUGGGAAUCUCUCCACUUUCCACUUUUCCUGUUUUUUUUUUUCAGAAGUCACUGUACAUGCACGGUUUUCUACUAUCUCUAAGCCAAAAUAUUUUAUCACUGACUAACCUUUUAUAUUUACGCAGACCGUUCCAGGUACUAUUGAUUGUUUUGAAGGUCUGCCACUGCUUAGAAGAAUAUUCUCCUACAAGAGAUUCCACCAUGUUGGUGUUCAUUAACGGUGCUAAAACACCAUGGGAUAGCACCAUAACUUAUCCUGGAGUAACGUGUUCAACUUGACAACUGUUAAUGUCUGCUAAUAGUUUGCUUAGACAUUGAGGUUUCAUGUUCUACAUUGUUUUAACAACUAAUAUUAUAAAGCCUUGUGUGUCGUAACUUAAGUGCUUCUGUGCAAUUACAAUGUAGUGUUAUUUCUUUGUGUGCAUGUAUUUGGAAAUAAAGGUGAAGGCAUGUUGUUUGA